AUGGCUGCCCUCGCCGCUACUGCAUUACCUGUAUUCGGUGCACCAGUGAUCGAACAUCUUUUUGAAGAUGAUGAAUGUGAUUUUCACCGUCGAAAGUUUGUCAUCCCUUUCAAGCUUGAGUCAAGGGAUGAGUAUUUGGUUUGGCUUCAUGGCGUGUUGCUCGAAGUCCAGAGAGUCUUCGGAUGGAGGGAGUAUCAAUAUAUCCUCACUUACCUCAGAACUGGAAAAGAGGCAAAUGAAUGGUUGACUACAGAUAAAUUGAACCCAACCACUGCAGAAAAAGUCAAGCUCCAUUGCGAAUCCAUAGCUGAAGCUGUGCUUUCUGCUGGGGUCGAUGUUGGCGGGAGGCCUAGAUAUCUGAUGGAAGGUUGGAGAAAGUGGCAUUGGACCAAUUUCCAGUACAAUGCUAGACAAUUUGUUACAUUUUUGAUCAAAUGGGGGAACCAGCUCAACAUGGAUGAAGCCAAAUGCAUCCAGAACAGUCACAAGACAUGGGUUUAUCUUCAAGCUAAUUCUUUCACCGAUUAUGAAAGGUACUUUAUGGGAUUUUUUGGAACCCACGAUGGGCUCCACGAGGAAUCUGUUGGGGGUUACUACAGUUCUUUGGGCGUUACCUCAAUCAAUCUUGCCGAUCGAGUCACUGAGAACUUUCCAAAAGACUCAGGUAUCUAUGAGGCUGUAUUAGCAGGGUUCAAAGGAUGA